AAGGCGGCGGCUAUCUGGGCGCCAGCUGCGGAGCUGGGCAGCAGACGGCGCACGCCCGGCGGAAGGUGCGGGGCCCGGCUCCCUCCCGCGCUGAAGGCAGGAGGCCACAGACUUCCUGACCGGUUAUCAUGUCAGUGAAAUUGACAUUUGUCUCUCCCAGUGAUGGAGGUGGAAUCAGCAGGAGCUGUUCCUUUGCUGGAUUCAGCACGGUGCAAAGCAGAAAGUUAGCAAAGUCUCUCAGCAGGAAUUCAGUGAGGUCUAAAAUGUCUGUGAAAUCCUCCAAAAUGUAUUCCUCCCUGCAGAGAGGGGCUGUCAUCUGGAAUCCAAAACCACAGCAGGUGAAGAAAAUUUUUGAAGCUUUGAAGAAAGGACUUAAUGAAUACCUGCAAGUGCAUCAGGCUGAGUUGGAUUAUCUGUCUGCUCGACACAAAGAUACAAAAAGGAACUCCAGACUGGCUUUCUAUUAUGAUCUGGAUAAGCAAAUUCGCUCUGUUGAAAGGUAUAUCAGAAAACUGGAAUUUCAUAUAAGCAAGGUAGAAGAACUAUAUGAAACCUACUGCAUCCAAUGCAGACUGCGAGAUGGGGCCUCUAAUAUGAAACAUGCCUUCUCCUUGACUCCCUCCACCAAAGCCUCCAGAGAGAGCCUGGUAGAACUUUAUAAGAACCUCCAAGAAUGCACAGAGGAUAUGUGUCUGAUUGAAGGGGCACUGGAGGUGCACUUGGGAGAAUUUCACUUGAAAAUGAAAGGGUUGGUGGGCUACGCACGUCUCUGCCCUGGGGACCAGUAUGAGGUGUUUGUGCGACUGGGACGCCAGAAGUGGAAGCUGAAGGGCAAGAUUGAGACGGAUGACAGCCAAACAUGGGAUGAGGAAGAGAAGGUUUUUAUACCCAACCUCCAUGAGAAGCUUGAAAUAAAGGUCACAGAGCUGCGGGGACUGACCACAAUUCUGGUUGGUGUGGUAACAUGUGACAGCAUCGACUUCUUUACAACCAGGCCUCAGGCGAUCAUUGUGGAUAUAACUGAGCUAGGCACCAUCAAGCUACAGCUGGAGGUCGUCUGGAACCCAUUUGACACAGAGAACCUGUUUUUGUCGCCUGGAACUACUGCCAAGUUUUCUCUGGGUAGUAGGAAAAGCUCUUUAUACAGCUGGACUCCGCCAAACACUCCCAGCUUCAGAGAGAAAUAUUAUCUCUCUGUUUUGCAGCAACGGAUGAACCAAGGUGGCAUAAACGACGAGGCGCGAGCCCCCUGCAUACUGAGCUACUUGGCUGACUGUGACUUUGAUGUGCAUCUAAGGAAUGUCAACCACAGCUCUGCAGAGACUGACUCGUUCAGCUCCCAGGAUCAGAAAGGAACAGAAACCAGAAACGUGACUCCAGCUUCAGACCACAGGACCCUGUCAUUGAUUCUUGUACAGGAUGCCUGUGCAGAAGGAAGACAACACAAGUCUCCAAACCACACAACUCUAGAUAUCCUGAAAGAGACACCCUCCAAGGAUGGAGCUCCAAAUAGCCCAUCCAGCCCAUGGGACAUUAACAAAGAUGGCAGAGAUUCCAUCGGCCAGCACUGGAGUCACCAGCCUGUGGAACAUGAAAAUUUCCCGUCUGUUGAUCGGAAAAGCAUGAACACUGAAGAUGACAGAAAACUAGCCAGAAGCGCCAAAGCAGUUGAGAAACUCCUUCAAGACGUGUUAAAUUUGCUGAAGUCACAGAAUCCAGGGCAAACCCAAUUGGAGGAAUUGGAGUACCAAGUUUUAUGCAUCAGGGACAAAUUAAAGCUGAAGACGUCUCAUCAGAAACAUUCAUCCAUGGAGAGUCUGAUGGUGGAGAUGGUGCUGGAAAGCUUUGACUUUUUAAACACGGACUGCAGUGCUGAUGAGCUUUCCUUAUUUGGAAGCAUAAGGACAGACACUACCAGCACUUACACUGACAACAUACUGGGCUAUGACAGGAAAACAGAAACGAAAGAGUUAACCACAGGAAAUGAUGAUUUAGACAAACUUCUGAUAGUUCAUCUGCAGUUGUGCAAAGCUCUCUUGCAGAAACUGGUUUCACCAAACAUAGCCCGAAUUGUCCAGGAGAGCCUUUUGGAAGAAGUGUCACGGCAGAAACAAGUGCUGGAAACUGUCUCAAAGCUCUGUGUUCUGGAAGUUGGGAACUUUACCUCUGUUGAAGAUGUUAUUCAUAAGGCAAAAAAGCAGAAGGAGUGUCUGAAAAUCUGGAGUGAAUUCACAGAGCCAGGAAAUAUCUUGUUCUGUUCAGCAGAAAAAUUCCAGAAUCCACUGAAAUACAUAUUAAUGUUCAAAGUGAAGGAGAAAUAUCCAGGACACCUAGAAGCAGUGCUGCGAAGACUGCUGGAGCAGAUCGUCACCUGCAGCGGGUUGCUCCCCUCCGGGAGCCCCCCUGAAAAACUUCUUACCUUAUUCCAGUUUCACAGCUACCUGGAAAAAGAGCGUGUUACCAACCUGGAGAAGCACUUGGCAGAACUCAUCAAAGAAGUGAUGCUAAUUGAGGAGCUACAGUGCCCCGGGCGACUUAAGAAAAUCAAGAAAUUAAAAGGGAAGCGACUGAGCCAGCUCCAGCCUCUACCCCAAACUUUACGGCUGCUCGGGAUUCUGCAGCUCGAUGACAACCGCCUUGUCAGUAAAGCAGCAACGUCCUGUCUCUCCCGGGCGGCAAUGAAUAAGAAUUUCAGGGAGAAGGCUCUGCUUUUUUACACGGAUAUUUUAGCUGAGUGUGAUGCAAAAAUACAGCAAGCUGCAUGUCUGGCUCUCAAAAGCCUCAGAGCCAUAGAAAGCAUUGAGCAGAUUGCCAGCCUGUGUCAGUCUGAAGCAGAGGAUGUACGGAACGCUGCCAGGGAAACAACGUUGUCAUUUGGUGAAAAAGGACGACUAGCAUUUCAAAAAAUGGACAGAGUUUGCUGUGAAUUGAAAGACACUGUAUACCAAGAAGCUGAAAUUGAAAUCACAAUAUUUUAACUAAGGAAAUGCUGAAUCUGACCGACAGCCCAGGUGGCUACAGAAGGAGUUGAUUUACCACUAGGUGGUUAAGUUAGCGCACACAGGUAUCUAGCAGAAGAUUGAGUGAGAGCAUCCAUAUGGGACAGCUCUUCCAGUUCGGGGUUAGGACUAAAAAGCACACAGCAGUUGGCUCAGAAUGCAUCUGACCCUGAGCUAAAAUCAUGAAGUAUCACUAGCUGGUGCUAGAGUAAAUCCAUCAGCCCCUCUCAGGCUGUCCCCACCAGAACGCACAAACUUUGAAACAACUCAGUCUGCAGUUCCAAAAUAAUAGGCAAAGGGUAAGUCUGACAAGAGAUUUGGUAACAUGUUUGUUUUCACUAAGAAUCCUGACUCAAUUUCAAAAGCUUUCUCCCCCAAAAACCCUCAACUCUGCAGCUGGUUUGGGGAUUCAUGAGUGGGAAGGGAGCAGAGGUAAAGUGCAGUUGUAUAACUGACAUGUGACAGUACUGCCUCUAUCUUACUCAGAGCAUGAGCACAAAUGAAGCUUAGUGUGAAGAGGUGGUGAAGCAGAAAGGAAACAUCAUGUAGGAACUCUGAACUGAUGGCACUGGGCCUGUUGGUUAUCCUCUCAAAGUGUUCUCCCCUUCAUUUUGAAGUAGUCUGUGCUAUAGAAGGGUCAGCUCUCAGUUGGUGUGAAAGGAGCCUCUCUCUUUGGGUUACAGCAGCUGAAGAGCUGGUCUUAAAUGUAGUUUUGCUACAGCCCAUGGAGUUUUGAUUUUAUGAAUACAAGACACUGUGGAUGUGGACAGUGUCACUAAUGAGCCAGAAUGCCUAUAUAAAAUUAGGCAAUGUAUGCUAGAUCUGCAGAACACUAGUACAAGCCGGCUCCCAUAUCAGCAUCUAUUGAAGUUAUAAACCAGCACUUGUUCUGUCAGAAGUCAUAGCAGCUGCCAUGCACUUUAAAACAUCAUUUCUACGCUAGUCUGUGCUUUCUUGUAAAUUUGAGUAAGAGCUCAAAAGUUCACUGGUUUCUGGAAGCAAUGUAAAAACGUGCAGUAAACAAAUUGGGAUUUCAGUGCUUGAUGCAAGAGAUGUUUGAAAUUAAUCUGAAAACAGUGUAAGCGUAGAUAGAAGGAAACUAUUGGGGCAAUGUUUCUUCAGCCUCACUUGUUUAAGAAUUCAGAACAUGCAUAUCCUUCACAUUUAUGGAGUAAGUGUACAGAACUGAGUUGUAUAUGGACAGCUCCAGGCAGAAGUGUCAAGUUUUUAAUUUAUACACUUACUCAUUUAAUCUUAGGCUAAGGUUAAAAAAAAAGGUACCUGAAGUCAGGCUCCUUAAUCCAUACUUAAGCACGCAGAAGUGGCCUGAUUUUCAGCAGAAGCUGCUGAAUGGUCAGCUCUUGAGAAUAAGGCCACCCAAUCUGAGUAUUCAAAUAUGGGUUUAGGAACCUUACAUGAGGCACAAUACUUGAACAGUCUUGGUUUAUGUAUAUAUUAUACAGUAUAUUGUGCUUUGUACUUUUCUAUUCAGUAUUUAUUUCUAUGUUGGUUUACAUACAGUUUUCUAAAAUUUUAAAUAAAACAUUAAAUACUUGC